AUGGAGAAGGCUCUGCCGUUGGAUCAGUUGGAAGUUCAAGCGGGUGCUACGCUGGCCGAGGUCCGCGAGGAGAUCCUCAAUGCUGUGGAGAAAACCACCGACCAGCAGGCCGUUCGACAGAAAAUUCUGCGCGAGGAGCCCACCAUUUAUCCUACUCUUUCGCUGCCCUUUACGUCACAAACACACCGCUCCCGCGUGAUCCUCGACCCGUCAGCAGGAUCAUGGUUCAACAGAACAGCAGCGAUCAUCGCUGACUAUUUCCGUACACCAGCAUCAAUCUGGGCAACCACCCCUCUACCAAAGCCCAAAGCAAUCACAACUUCACUCAGUCACGUUGCAUUCCACCCUUCCCUCCCCAUCCUUGCCGUGGCACAUUCGUCCAAAGGUGGCGGAAUCUACUUCUAUGACCUUCGAACACGACAAUGGUUCUCGUAUCACCUGACACCACCGAACACAACCUCGUUGGUAACCGCAAUUACAUUCUCCGGCGCGAACAAGCUGGCGGCUGGAAUGAGGAAUGGCGAUGUAUGCAUCUGGACCCUCGACCUCGGGCCAGAACACAAGAACAAGAACCACGGAUACGCAGAACGUAUCCAGCUCCUCCCAACACGCUUUCAAGACCGAAUUGGCGCCGUAUCUGGGUUGGAGUUUUCACCAUGCGGACACUGGCUUGCUAUCUCUACUACAUCAUCCGGAACGUGGGUUCACAACACGGUCAUGAACGAGACCCAACUGAUCUCCCUUGCACCAUCCUCCACAUUAGCAUGGGCACCUACAUCAAGAUUCCUCGCGGUGGGUACGGCCCGGGCCGUUCAGCUUAUCCCCGUAGCCAUCGCGGGUCCAAGACUGGAUGUCGGUGCGAGGACAAAGAUCCCGACAAAGGGCCAGAUUGGAACCAUCGCAUGGCUUUCUGAUGGACGAACCAUGUUGUACUCCGUCGUCGAUGAUCCCCAUGUCAGGGUGGUAUACAUCAACCCUUCACAUACUUUGACCAGUAAAACAAUCUACCGUCAACUCCGCAUCAUAGAAACACCAAAAUCCGACGUAACCGGCGGCGGCGUCAAGUCCUUCGCCAUCGACCCCACCGGCGAACGCAUGAUCAUCAACUUCUCCGACCCGACUUCGCGACCAGCGUUGAUGUGCGUAAAUCCAGCCGUCGCCACACUGUCCGACGUACCGUAUUCGAUUGCGUACCCAAUUGGGCUGAUUAAUGGUCCGACGACGGGGUUGGUGGAUGUCAAGUUUGCGAGUCAGUUCCAGAAGGGAGCGUUUGCGGCGAAUGUUUGGGGGGAUAUGAUUACAUUCUUGCCGAUGUACUAUCUCGGGAAAGUAGAAUCAGAUUGGUAG